AUAUGUGCUUAUGUGAAUUAUACAAUUAAUAAUAAUAAUAUAAUUAUUAAUAAUUAUAAUUAAAGAGAGAAUAUAUAAGAAGUUCCAUGUAUCUAUAAAUCCCGUCAAUACACUUGUGUGUACGUGUGUGUAGAUGUGAAAUAAUUGUGUGCAUAUAGUGCAGAAAAAAAUAGAUAGAAAAGUAUUAUUUCAAUUGUUUUGAAGUUUUUAAUUUUUAAUUUAAAAGACAAAAAUUGAAAUAAAAGAAAAACAGCAUAAAGGAAGUAGACAGAGCAAAAAAAAAUCAAUAAACAAAUUACAAUUAAAGAAGUGCUUAAAGAAUUACAUGAAAAAGUAAUAAUUGUGGAAAUGCCUUUAAUAAUAAUGUGAGAAAAAAUAAGCUGCGACAGAACGUGCUCCAGAAAGUCAAACUUAAAUUUUAUUUUCUCCUUCGUUCCUUAUUUUCUCACUGGAUUAACCAACCGAUGAAGUGUGCUCUACUUUCCAUUCUGCAACUUAAAUUUUUUAAUUUCCUCUUACAUGGAGAAGUGUAAUUAAGUGCUGCAAUGUGCUAUAUAUAGCAGAACUUUUGUGCUAUUACUGUAUGUAGAAGUCUUUACUUAUGUGUGUGACUACAUAAAAAUAAGAACAAUAAGAAGGUACAAAAAAUAUCCUUUUUGCCUACAAAACUUUCUGUUUUUUCUUCCGUUACUUCUUCUUCGUCCUCUUCUUACUUAGUUCCAAAUUUAUUGAUAUUUUUCAUUUUCAACGCACACAAAAAAAAAAAAGUGAGAAAAAAAUUAAAAGUGAUUUGAAUAAUAAUAAAAAUAGCUUCGUAAAAACGUCGAAUUUAAGAGAAUAUCUUAUCAAUAAAUUUUACGAGGAUUAUCGCAUAAAAAAGAGUUUAAAAUAAGAGUGACAUAAAGAACAUAUAGCACAGGUGCAUUUGAAUAGAAAUAAAAAAGAAUACAUAUAAAAUAAAAUAUGUCACUAGCUUUAUGCCAGAAUACAGACGAUAACAAUAAUAACAAUAACCAGGGCCAAAUGAAUGAGCAGCAGCAAGGUCCAGAGGGCGGUGAUGUCACAAUUUAUAGAUUGUGCGCACCAAUCGCCAGUUUAGACUGCAUGGAGGAAUUUAGUGGAAAUACGCUCGAUUUAAAUAUGGGCCGUUCAAUAAGUAUAGGAUCAAAGACAUCAUUAAAGCAAGUCUCAUCGACGCCAGGUCUACGAUAUAAAAAUCUUGGCAAAAGUGGCUUACGUGUAUCAAAUGUUGCCCUCGGUACAUGGUCAAUAUUUUCCAAUGGCAUUAGUGAAGAGCAGGCGGAAACAAUCAUAAGAUUGGCAUAUGAUAGCGGCAUAAAUUUAUUUGAUCUAUCCGAUUUGCAUUCAGGACCUCGUGCAGAGAUUGAAAUGGGAAAGAUAUUAAAGAAGGCGAACUGGAAACGAAUGACUUAUGUUGUGACAGUGAAAAUUUAUUGGAGCAUAAAAGGGGAAGAGCGUGGUCUAUCUAAAAAGCACAUUAUCGAGAGUGUACAGGCAAGUCUAAAGCGUUUACAACUCGAUUACAUUGAUAUAGUAAUAAUUCAUAAAGCUGACUCAAUGUGUCCUAUGGAAGAGGUUGUACGAGCAAUGAAUUAUGUCAUAAAUAAAGGAUGGGUACUUUAUUGGGGAAGCUCCAAAUGGUCAACAACUGAAAUAAUGGAAGCUUAUACGAAUUGUCGUGAAUUUAACUGCAUAACUCCUAUAAUGGAACAAUCGGAAUAUCACAUGUUUUGCCGUGAUCGCGCUGAGCUUUAUUUGCCCGAAAUGUAUAAUAAAAUCGGUGUUGGAAUGAUGGCAUGGGGUCCCCUUGGGAUGUACUUAACUGAAAGUACCGAUCGUUUAUUCUUUUCAAAGGGAUCAUUACGUUCAAAAACACAGAAUUCAUCAUGGACUGAGGAUGAAUUAGCCAAAGAAGAUCGUGUCGAGGAAGCGAGACGGCAUUUAGAAAGAAUUAGAGACUUGAAUUUAUUAGCCGAAAAACUCGGAUGUAGUUUUACACAAUUAUCGAUUGCAUGGUCACUAAAGCAUGAGCCUGUUCAGUGCUUGCUCAUCGGAGCCAAGACAUGUGAACAAUUGACGCAGAAUUUACAAGCUUUACAGUUAUUACCACGCUUAUCAGUAUCCGUAAUGUUAGAAAUCGAAAGAAUUCUCGAUAAUAAACCAGUUCGUCCGCCAGUGAUUUCAACAUUACAAAUGAGGGGAUUAGUAUCACAUGAUGCACUGGGAGAGCUUACCGGUGAUCCAAGCGUUCCAGAUUCUGUACGUGGCGAUGAGGAGGAGGAGAUAAUUGAAGAGCAAAAGGACGAUGAUGAUACAAAGAAGAAAUUAAAUUUAUCAAUAACGAGAAUUGAUGAGGAGCAUGAUGAUGAUAAAAUUCAAAUUAUUCCUUUAACUGCACCGAUGAGAGUUAGAUCACCACUUGGUUAUCGUUCAUCUUAUAAUUUAGAUGAUAAACCUCAGUUUUCGAGUCCUUCUAAUAAUUUAAAUGUGACAACAUCGAAACCAACGACAGUUCAGUUAUCGUCAGCAAAUAUCAAGUCAGUUCCACGCUCGACACCGCCAAUUGAAGAGCCAACAAGAAAAACCUCAAUUUUGAGUUUCAAAUCGUUGAGUUUGAGUCUUAGUAUGUUUAAAGGAAGUCGUGCUCGUGCAUCUGAAGGUCAUAUUGAGUCACAGCAUUUGAAGACAAUUGAUGAGCCACGAAAAUCGAUCUUUAAAAUGGAUAUUUUUGAAAAAAAUCUUAAAAAAUUCAUUUCCAAAUCAACGGAACCAGAAUUCCAAUCAUAUUCUGAAUACACGCAACAGAUGCAAGAAAAUGUUAAGCCACGACGUAAUACGAUUUUCAAAUCACAAAAAAUAUACGCACGUCGCUCUUCAAUGUCUGAUAUACCAGAUAUGGCAGUAGCUGGUCAUCGAGUUGUUCAUAUGGAUCAUGGCAAUGCACCGAGUCAUUCGCAAACAAAUUUAAAGCAUGAACAGCCCAAGAAGUAUGAGUAUGUUAAGUAUGAACACAAGACUCAAAAGUCUCACGAUAAGACAGCCGAGAUGCUAAAAGAAGUCCGAAAACGUAAUUUGGAGACAGCAAAACGAAUUAAUGCUCCACGUCGCAUUAGUACUGCAUAUUAA